AUGGAAAAUCCGAGCGGAAACCCGGUUGAAUCCCAUAAAAGUGACGUACUUCCUGUUUCCGCUUCCGCAUAUCUUGACCCUCACUACUGGGACGAUAGAUUCUCUCAUGAGGAACAUUACGAAUGGUUCAAAGAUUACUCUCACUUUCGUCAUCUCAUCCUUGACCACAUUAAUCCAGCUUCUUCCGUAUUGGAGCUGGGGUGUGGAAACUCUCAGCUGUGUGAAGGGUUGUAUGGAGAUGGGAUUACUGAGCUCACCUGCAUUGAUUUGUCACCUGUGGCUGUGGAGAAGAUGAAGCAGAGAUUAAUAUCCAAGGGCUACAAGGAUAUUCAGGUGUUGGAAGCUGACAUGCUGGAUCUUCCAUUUGCCAAUGGGUCUUUUGAUGUUGUUAUAGAGAAGGGAACCAUGGAUGUAUUGUUCGUGGACAGUGGUGACCCAUGGAACCCACGGGUUGAAACAGUUGACAGGGUUAUGUCAAUGCUUCGACAAAUUCAUAGGGUCUUGAAAACUCAUGGCACUUUCAUUUCAAUCACCUUUGGCCAGCCACAUUUUCGUCGUCCUUUCUUUAGUAAUUCAGAAUUUACUUGGUCUACGGAGUGGAGAACAUUUGGUGAUGGAUUUCACUAUUUCUUCUACAUCUUGAAAAAGGGGCACAGGAUGUCAGAGAGUGCUGAAUGUACUGAGAGGAUCGACAUGCCAUCUCUAUCUCCUUACCACGAUGAAUUAGAUUCUGAAGACUACAUUUUCCGGACUAACAUUGAUGAUGCCUAAAGUUUGGGGUGAGUUGAAGCGUUUCUGAUGCUUCUUAAGUUGUUCUGACAACCUUCUUUGCUUCUGCAUAUAAUUGGAGAACAAAGAGAAGAAUGUGACAAGCUUUUGGUGAUGAUAGCAACAGAAUUCAACACUAAUUUGUGCAAGAAGUGCCUUUGUAUCAUGUCGGCAGUGUUUUAGGCUACCUCUUUAUUGUAGUUCCCCCUCGUCUCACAAAAUUUUAGCUGCAAAAGGGAAGACGCACAAGUAAUCUGGCCGUGCAGGGUGUUGCUUGUUUCCAAUGUCUCUAAGCAUACAUGAUUAGUGACUCAGUCAAUUAGGUAUAAACCACGAGAACGGUCAUGCCUUUUACUCAAAGCUGUUGGAUGGAGUCAUUCUUAUUGCCGAAGCUAUCAUCCUGUUUUCCCACUUUUUGAUGGCCAAAGCUAUCAUGAUCUUUUAGAGACUUUUUCUUUAAGCUCCUUUUUUCCUCCCUCUUUUUUAGCUUUCUUUAUAAGUGGCUAGCAUAGCCUAGGGAGAUAGGGUUGAUUCCUACAAUGAGAAGGAAAAUGGCUUCUGGUCAGCUGUCUAAUAAUGUAGUGGCUUCUAAUUCUGCUUCUUGCAUGAGUAUUGCCAAUUACGUCCUAGAUAGGUGUUGGUGGUAUGGAAAAUCUUAGAGGAUGUAUCCGAGCGGGCAGGAAUCCUUAAAAGGGCCCAAUUUCACGAAUUGGUGUAAUGGCUUCUUGGUAAACAUGAUUGUUGGAGCGUCCGGCUUUUCUUUAAAAAUGUACCAGAUUUAGGAACUUGUUUGGGGAUCAGCACUGGUAUUGUGGGGUGUCCUACAUUUAAUAGACCAUUGCUACCUCUGUUUGGUGAACUUUAUGUCAUUUAGCUGAUGUAGCAAACUUGAUAUGUAAUGAAAAAGCAACUAGUUACGCCUUUAAGGGCAAAGCAAUAA